CUUUUCCAAAACCCUAUAUCCCAAGAACCCUAUUCCCCCAUUUCCCCCCCUGCCGUCUGCCGUCUUUAUAGAGGAGAGUGAGAGAAAAGUGGGAAAGAAGUCCCAAAAAUGGUGAAGUUUUUGAAACCAGGUAAAGCAGUGAUCGUACUACAAGGGCGCUAUGCGGGUAGGAAGGCAGUGAUUGUGCGCAACUUCGAUGAAGGAACCCGAGACAGGCCCUACGGGCACUGCCUUGUUGCUGGAAUCAACAAAUACCCAAAGAAGGUGAUCCGCAAAGAUUCAGCAAAGAAGCAAGCGAAGAAAUCGAGGGUUAAAUGCUUCGUUAAGGUCGUGAAUUACAACCAUAUCAUGCCAACUCGUUACACCCUUGAUGUAGAUCUCAAGGAUAUUGUUUCUGCUGAUGCUCUUCAGUCCAAAGACAAGAAGGUUACUGCUGCUAAGGAGACCAAAGCUAGGUUUGAGGAGAGGUUCAAGACCGGAAAGAAUCGUUGGUUUUUCUCUAAACUCAGGUUCUAGGGUUUAUGCCUGUUUUUGUUUGCAUUUCUGUUGAACUAUGUUUUAUCUUUUUUAAUAUAUAACUUUUUAAGCAAUUUUUAGGGAUUUUGUUAAAUUUUGAUGUCAUUCAGAGCUUUAUUGAUACAGGAACCCUUUUAUUGAUGUUAAAUUUGUCAUCUUUA